AAAAGGAAUGUAAACACGGGAGCCAAGGAUCGGGUUUAGCAGGGAUCAGGUUUACCCGGGACUACGGGUCCGUGCUGGAAGCCCGAGGAAGAGGAGACGAGGCGAGUGGGUGUCCGAGUUAGGGGAGAAAGACGCUCCUGGAGUCCGAGAGUUGAGGCGGCGCGCUCAGAAUGGCUUCCUUCGGGUGGAAGAGGAAAAUUGGUGAGAAGGUCUCAAAGGUCACUUCCCAGCAGUUUGAGGCUGAAGCUGCUGAUGAGAAAGAUGCAAGUGAGAAUGAAGAAGGCAGCUGGCUCCAUGCAGUUAAACGGAGAAAAGAAAUUCUCCUUGAAGGCUGUGCUGAGAAAAGUAAACAAUUGAAGGAGGAAGGAGCAAAUCUGGCUGAAAAUAAAAGAUAUCGAGAAGCAAUUCAGAAAUGGGAUGAAGCACUACAGUUAACCCCAGAUGAUGCUACCCUGUAUGAGAUGAAGUCACAGGUCCUCAUGUCUCUUCAUGAAAUGUUCCCAGCAGUUCAUGCCGCAGAAAUGGCUGUCCAGAGAAAUCCACAUUCAUGGGAGUCUUGGCAAACUUUGGGACGUGCUCAGCUUGGAUUGGGAGAGAUUGUUUUGGCAAUUCGAAGUUUUCAAGUAGCCCUUCAUAUCUAUCCAAUGAACCCUGAAAUAUGGAAAGAAGACCUUUCUUGGGCAAGAAAACUCCAGGAGCAGCAGAAAGUAGCACAGAGGAUUAAGAAAAAUGAAGCACCCAUCCAAACCACACAUUUAUCAUCCAAGUCAAUUCCUGACUAUGACUUUGAAAGUGAUGAGAUAGUUGCUGUAUGUGCCGCAAUUGCCGAAAAGCAGAAGACGGUGCCAGCAAAUAAAACGAUGGUUAUUGUAUCUGCUUCUGGGACGGUGGAGACUGUAACUGAGAAGGAAGAUGGGGCUGUCCCACCAGAUGGUUCUGUUUUUAUCAAAGCCCGAUGAAGCAGAGCAGGAAUGGGUUGAAUCUGUCUUUUGACUGCCUCUUAAAGACCUAGGUAUAGGGAUAUUUUCUCUGGAGAAACAGGACAAAAUUCCUGUUUAUAAAUUAAGUCUUUCAGAGGAGGCACAUAAGAAUUAAAAUGGUAGAAUUAUAUUGUAUAGUGUUUGGACUAUGCUUUGAUAGGUUAUCGUUUAAACUUCUUACGGUUAGAAAUCUGAGUACAGUGGUUUGUGAUUAAUAGAGAUAAUUUAAUCCAGAUAUAUAAGUGAAUGCAUUUUAAAGACACAACCUGAAAAAUUCUCAGUGAAUAACUUUAUGGCCAGUGUUAUUAAAAUGUUGACUCUUUGAUGUUUGCUUUAUGACUAAAGGUUGCAGAUAAUUUCUUUCCCUUUUAGAAAUAUGCACUCUCAAUCUAUUCAGUUUUCUGGGUUUUUUUGUUUCAAUAACGUAUGUUGUAAACUUUGAACAGUUUUGAUAUUCAUUUUGGUUUGAAGUUGUCAUUUGGUUAUUUGUGAAUAUUUUGAAAGUUCAGCUGAAAAUGCAUGCUACUGUGCACAUCCUGGACAUUUUUCUGGUUGGUUUUAAUUCUGAUUUGUGACUACAUUUGCUCUUAAAUUAUUACAACAGGUAGUUGCUGCAUUCAGUAUUUAUUAGAUGUAUAAGAUUAAAGCACAAGUGUUAGAAUGAUGGUUUAAUUAAAGUAGAUGGAGUAAUCCUUACCAUGAGUAAGUCUUUUUUGUUUGUUUGUUUGUUUGUUUUGGGACUACUCCCCAGUAUUCAGCAGUUACUCCCAAAUCUGUAACCUCAGAUCUUGCUCCCAGUGGUGCUCAGCAACCAGGCAUGCACAGACAAUGGAAGAGCUGUCUCUGGCACCAGCAGGUCCUUUGCUGUGUGCGUAUUUAAAACCCAGUGGUCUGUAAAGAUGUGUCAUUUAAAAAUUACACUGCUGCAUUGUCUCAAAAGUAGUACUUUUCCCCCUUACUUUGAAAAAUUUUGAGUAUAGCUUUUCAAGUGAUGAUUUGAAAUUCCUUUUCUGGCUAACUUUUUGAACUCUGCAGUGAUGUAAGAAUCACAUUUAGAUGGCUAAAUUUUAUCCUUCUGAAAACAGAAAAAAAGGGUAUGUUAGAUUAUUGAAUGCAGUAACUGGAUGUGAUUUAUGGCAUAACCAAUGAAAGGCGGGGUGUGACUGGGGUGGGGGGAGAGCAGCAUGGCUUUGACGGUGUGAGGCCCUGGGUUCCAUCUCAUUACCACAAAUACAAAGAUAACAAAUGCUUAAAUAAAGAUUUAGAUCAAAUCCCAGGAGUGAAGAAGGAUUGAAGAUCUAUUACAGAUCUAUUUCAUUGAAAAGCCACAUCACAUCCAAAGUUCAAUGCUGUCAUUGUUAACAUGAAUUAUUUUUAUACUACAUGUAUUAUAGUGCAAUUAUAUAGUAAUUUUUCUAGAAUUGUUAACUUCUGACAGGAAGCUAUUAUUAGUGUAAAAUUAUAGUUUCAUCUCAGAUGUCAGAGUAAGGUACUUAUUUUAAAGAAGCUUAUUUUGCCCUGUUAGAGUGUGUAAGUAAUGGUCUACAUUUUAAUGAGAUGAUUAAAAAAUUGUGUGUGUUUGGGAUAUUUACUUCUCUUUUUCAAAAGCAGCACUUACCUUGAAAAGUAUUUUUCUCUGUAUUAUAUCAGAAAGUUAGCUCUGGUUAAAAAGGACAGUUUUAGGAUGAUAUGAAAAACAAGUAUAUGUCAUAUUUUCUUAAUAAAGAGUAUUGUCAAAGGAUAGGAAGGUAGGUAUUGAAAGAAGUAAGCGUUUAGGAUUUGCUUUGUUAUUUUGAGUUGCAGCUGUUUGUUUACUGUGCAAUUUGUAAAUAAAUUUUUGUAUUUCAAAGAUUUUCUCAUUUUGUGUUGAGUACAGGAAAAACUAGAUGGAUAUAUUGAAUUUAUUGUUAGAAUGUGUAAAAUAUGUUGUAUGCUGUUGCAUAUAUAGUACUCAUUAAAUGCUACUGGUUUCAUUGA